UCUCCCGACAGCUGCUGCUGCUGUCGCCUCUGCCACCUGCCGCCGCCAGGCCCCAGCCCGGUCUCGGUCCUCCCUUCCUGGCUCUCCACCGCGCCCAUGGUCCCGCCGGGAGCGGGGGCGGUGGGCCCGGCGGUUCCCGCGCGUUGAGAGAGCGGUCGGGGACGAUGAGGGCCCCGCGCCGCUGCGGCGCUCUCUUCCGCCUCCUGGCCCCGGUGGUCCUGCUGCUGGUGCUGCCCGGGCCGAGCGGGCCUCCGGCGGGGCUGCUGCGGGCGGCCGACGGCGCGCCGGGCCCCGGGCCUCCGGACCCCGGGCCGCGGACGCUACCUCCGCUGUCGCCGGGCCCCACGGCCGCCCCGCCGCCGGGCCGCGCUUCGCCUGACGCCGCGGGGCCGCGGGGCUCGGAGGCCGGCAAUGGCAGCAGCCCUGGGGCGGGGCUCACGGCGGAGGAUCGCGGAGGGAAGGCCGCGGAAGGCUCGGGGGGUGGCGGCCUGUCCGUGAGUCCCAGCCUUGGCGACAAGCCCAUGACCCAGCGGGCGCUGACCGUGUUGAUGGUGGUGAGCGGCGCGGUGCUGGUGUACUUCGUGGUCAGGACCGUCAGGAUGAGAAGAAGAAACCGGAAGACGAGGAGAUACGGAGUUUUGGACACUAACAUAGAGAACAUGGAGCUGACUCCUUUAGAGCAGGACGACGAGGACAAUGACAACACGCUGUUUGACGCCAGUCACCCUCGAAGAUAAGAAUGUGCCUUUCGAAGAGAAGACUUCAUCUUUCUAUACUGGAGAGCAGAGUUUCUAUGUUUAAGAAAUAAAAAGCCACUGUGUAAAGGGGGGAGGGUAUUUAAGUUACUUACAUUAUGACAACCUUUAAUUUGUUGUUGCAAUAAUUGUAUCAUUUUGUUAUAUCUUUGUAUGUAUAGAAGUGCUCUACUAAUGAGCUCAGAGUUGUUGGGGAUAAACUGUACUGUAAUAGCUUCCCUGUUUGAAAAUUGCUUUGAAACAGGGUGUUUUUGGAUCAGUUUGGUUUCUUGCUUACCACAUGAUUGUAAAGUGUUUUAUGUACUAAUCAGUUCAUGUUAAUUUUUUUUUUUUUGCUGUUGUCAUAUUUUAAAGAAGUGAAAAUCCCAACAAACAACUGGUGUGUAAAAAUAAUUAAAAGUUUUCUUUACUGAAAUGUAUUUCCCAUUUUUGUGGGGAAAAGAAACCAAAUUUAUUAUUUUGUGUUGGGCUUUUUAAAUAUUAAUAUUAUUGUAUGUGAAACAAUAAAUGGUUUAAAAUUCUUUUAACAUGGUACAGAAAAUGUGUUUAUAAAAUAGACGUAAUGACUAUACAAUUAUAUAUUAAUAUAUGAUUUCUAGAAAGAUCUAUCAUAAAAGGAUCAUUAUAUUUUAGCAACUUCCAUGUACAGUAAGAAAUCUACUUUGAUUAGCUAUUUCAUAAAAUCUGUGAAUUUUAAAGCCAUUUUCUUUCUUUAUAGUAUAGUGAGAUAGAAGUAACCAUAAAGGCAUGUUUCAAAGCCUCAAUCAUGUUAGGGUGUGGGAGAGUGAGAAAUUAAAAUAAAUGCACCAUCUUUGGAGUCAGACCUGUGUGCAGAAACCAACUCCCUUCUCUCCAAAAAAUUACUUAACCUCCUGAGUUCAAUUCUUCACAUUACUGAAGUCAGAGGAGAACUUACAGGAAAAGCCUAUUGUUAGUUGAAAUUAGUUUCAAGCUAAUUGGAAAUUCAGUUGCUUACGGGGCCCAGGGAGCUCAUUCAGUGUGUGUGUCUGUCAGGACAGUAAGUCACAGUGAGGUAGCAGAUGGUUCUCAGAGUGGACGGCACCAGGGUUCACUUCUCUCUUAUGCUCCGUGGUUACAGCGUUCGUAGGGAUUGUGACCCUGCUUCUUGCAUUCUCCAGGACGGAGACUGAUGGAGAAGCCUCUCCUGCAUUUUAUCUCAUGGCGAGACGGGCAGAUGGGAUGAACUGGAUGCUGGCUCAUCAGCUUUGGAUUGAAGGUGUUAUAUUUCAAUUUCACCUACAUUUUAUUGGCCAAAACAAACUGCUCAUAGUUUAACAAGGCAAGGAGAGAUAAUCCUCUUACAAGGCAGUAAACUGGAGUGUUUGGCCAUCAAAAAUGCCAGCUUUAUUUUUCCAUGAAUGUUAACUGGCUUUCCACAGGGGACAAGUCACCAUGAUGUCAGUGUGUGUGUGUGAGUGUGUGUAAAAUGUGUAAGCAGGGACUAAAGCAGAAGAGAAUCAUUCUCUUCGAACCAUCCUCUUCUGUUACCACAAAAGAAAAGAAAAGAAAGGAAAAGAACCUCUCUGGUGUUAUUGAACCUUAGGUUUUAAUUUCCAAAAGAAGCCAAGACUCCAGAUUUCUUAAAGGAAAUUUCCCUAUUUUAAAACGGUGUUAAUGUAAAACACAUAUGUGGAUUGAAUUUAACUCGAAAGCUCAAUUUUAUGAUGUGGGAAAAUCAUAUAGUAUCUUGGAAAUAGUAAUAAUCAUUUAAUAACUUGUCAUUUAUAUGGUGGCUUUUGUUUUCAAGCUAAUUGGAAAUAAGAAUCAAAUCUACCAAAGGAUAAGAAUUCUAAUAAUUAAGGCAAUUUAAAGUGAUGAUCAUUUUUAUAAAAGGUCUUCAACUUGCUUUUAAAUGGGGUGCUAUUAAAGUGUUUUGACUAUGGUGGCAGCUUUAUCAGAAAGAUACAAUUUCUCAGAUGACUGUAUAGCCUUGGACUGGAUAUAGAAAUUCUGCCAUGUUUGGUAAAAAAUUAUAUGAUUAUUUUAUUACUUUUAUAUAAUCAUUCCUGCACUGCAAAUUUACUGUUAUAAUUAUCAUACUUUAAUGAAAGUGCUUUUAGAAAAUACAUGUAUAAAUUCAAACAAAACUAUUAAGCUUGUUAGAUGCAUAACAAGCAUGCUGAUGAAAAGGGCUGGGAUUGUCACCUAAAAAUCUGCGUGUACAUUUUAAAUAAGCAGUGGUAUCUUAGAUGUUUUGAAAACAUGUUACUGUUUUCCUUUUUUCAUUUUGUACUUCUUUUUAGCUGUUUUAUUGGUAAUAACAUAACCUAGGUAUUAGAGAUCAGCGGGGCCAUUAUAAUUGAAUUUACGUCUCAGGAAGAAAAUAAAUGGGGAAAAAGGAUAAAUAGUGAAGUGACUUAUAGAUGGUCUUCUAUAUCUGAACUGGAGGUUUCCGACCAUCCUCUCUGUGGGACUAGAAAGUCAAAUAGCUUCUUUCUGCCCAGCACCGCUUAAUUAUUAGGUAAGUGCUAGUGCUGGGAGAGCAAACCCCUGCGCAGGAUGCUCCACCUGCACCUGGCUGGCUUCUGGGUGGCUUUGAGGCUUGUUUGCCUUGCCAGGAUUUAAUCGAUUACCCUUCAUCACCUGCCCUCUCUCCUCUCCUCCCCUCUGUUAUAAAUGUGUUUCUUUGGUACCUUAGUUUGAAUUGCAUUCAAACUAUAUUGUUCAAUAUAGUUUAAUCAUUUUUAUCUUAUUUUUAUUGGGUGUUCUUUUGUUCUCUGAUCACUUCUAUUUAGUGAAACAAUAAAGGAAAGAGAGGGUGUGUUUCUCUUUUGUUGCAAUGUUAAAAAAGAACUUAGAAGAAACAUGAAUGAAGGGAUGAACGCAGUGAAACGAGCCGUCAACCUGGGCAGGUGGGGUGUUGAUUUCAGGAACUGCCCCUCUGGC